CCAGUCCAACUUGACAUGCAAAGUGGAUGUGAACGACCAAAGAUAACAAUAUGUGUUGAAUAUCUAAGGCAUCUACUGGAACUUGGACUGCCAGUGGUGACAAUUGCAAGUUUAGUCGGGAUUUCUCGUGCUACACUGUACAGAAGAAUGGCUGACAACAACCUCUCUGUCAGAGGAAUGUACAGUGCCAUGACCGAUGCAGAAGUAGAUGAACGUGUCUCUGAAAUAAAAGAGAGGAUGCCGCAUGCAGGGUACAGAUUAGUGAAGGGUACUCUGAAGGCACAAGGACAUCGACUCCAGUGGCUUCGUGUGAAAGCAUCAAUGCAUCGUGUAGACAGCGUUGGGAUACUGUCAAGAAUGACCCAACUGGGAUGUGUUAUCAGGCGAACAUACUCCGUGCCAUGCCCCAAGUACCUUGUGCAUAUAGACACCAAUCACAAACUCAUCAGGUACAACAUAGUUAUUUUUGGUGGAAUUGAUGGCUUUUCACGUAAGAUUAUGUACCUGAGGGCUGCAAACAAUAAUCGGUCCGACACCACCUUAGCCUUCUUCAGCCAGGCUGUUCAGGAUUUUGGAUAUCCACUCAGAGUGCGAGCAGAUCAAGGGGGAGAGAAUGUUGGUGUUGCCCGUUUGAUGUUUACCGUGCGUGGACCAGACAGUGGCAGCUUUAUAGCUGGAAAAAGUGUCCAUAACCAAAGAAUCGAGAGACUUUGGCGUGACAUUUGGAUGGGGGUCACCAAUGUGUUUUACCACAUUUUCCACAUGCUGGAGGAAGAGGGCCUCCUCGAUCUAAGCAAUGCCACGCAUUUCUUUUGCCUUCACUAUGUUUUUCUGCCAUGUCUUGAAGUAAACCUAGAUGUGUUUAGAGAAGGAUGGGACAAUCACUCUCUAAGAACGGAGCAGAACCUCACACCAAACCAGUUGUGGGAGGUUGGUCAGAUGCAACAUCCCAUUCCAAAUCCAGAGGAGAUGAACAUCCCUCAGAUUGAUUGGGAGGAAAGUGGGGAGGUCCCAGACCCACAUAUUGGAGUGAAUGUUCCUCAGCUGGGGAGCCCACUCACUCCUGAGCAACUGGCUGCAUUACAGCACCACAUUCAUCCUCUGCAGCCUUCAGAAUCCAAUGGUAUUGACAUAUAUAUGACAACCGUGCAGUAUGUUGAAGGAUUGCUGCAGGAACGUUAAGAUGCUACUUUCAUGUGAAAAAUAGAAAUCCUCAAAAAAAAAUUGGUUGAUCAGAUAUUUAUUUUUCUUUCAAGUUUUCAACACAAAAACAGAACACGUAACCCAAGUUCAGAAACCCUCACAAAUGAUUUUUUUUUUUGGACAGAAAUGUAAUCCACAGUACCUUGAUUUCUUUCUGUAUUGAGGUGUGUUGAAAAGUAUAACGUAGGGUGAUUAGUCAAAAAAUAAAUACUCCAAAAUAG